GUACCUACCGCAACUCGGUGACGGACCCAGAUCUGUAUGCGAAGUUCGGCAGGCAGGUCGCGAACAAAGAGAUCUUCCCCGUGGGCCUGAAGACCGAGUUGUCCACCAAGAAGAAGAAGACCGAUCUCUUCAACCUUUGGCUCGAGCAGGAUCAAGACAUGCAGCGCGUAAGUGUGGUCAUCCAGAGGCGCCUCGAGAAUGAGCAGAAGGGCGAAUCUGAGUACUCCUGGCUCAAGGCUCGGCAGAUCGCGGCGCUCGGGAUCUACACGGAGGACGGCGUGAAGAAGCUCAUCGAGAAAAAGUUGAAGGAGAAACAGUACUUGAGAGAUGGCGAGUUUCCAGAGAAAGACGACGAGAACUACUACUAUGUCCGCACUGCCCUCAAGAAUACGAAGACGACCAAGCAGAUAGAUUCCUUGAGUGUCUCCCACGCGACCGAGACGGACAAGCACGGGCUGCAGGCGCUCAUCGGUGAGGGCGGGGCCCUGAACGCCGACAUGCAGGUCCUCGUCGGGGACGCCAGCAGCGUCGACGCGUUCGACCUCAGCAGCGCGGUGCCCGGCAAGAAGCAGCCGCCCCCGACAGGCGUGGAGCAGUCCACGGCCAACGUUGUGGCGUCGGUGACGCCCUUGCAGAAGUGCCUCGAGAUGAUGAAGGACAUGAGCAAGCAGAGGGACAAUGCCGAACGCUUGGCGUUCGAGCUGGGAGCCUUCAAGCUGAGCACCGAGAUGGAGAAGCAAAUGGGGACCCACGCGUCCCGCAUGAAG